AAAUGUUAUAUUAAUAGUCUACAUAAGACUCCAAGCAAUACAGAUUUGGCUCUGGGCAAUAGUGAUAAAAAAAAUGUGGGAUACAAUGUAAAACAGUUUGAACACAUUUGCUAUUAAAUGCACUAGUUAGGCUUUUGCAGUAAGAUGCCCUGCGCAGGGAGUGAGCUCUCCAGUUUGAGGUGCAGCUACUAUUUCAAGUGGCAUUAAUUAACCCCAGAAAGCAAUGGGAGGAAAGUUGUCUGACGUCAGAAGUAACGCAUUGUUCUGAGAGAGUCGUUUUCCAAAUCAACGUCAUUUUGCAGCGAGUCACGUCGGGAUCUGAGCCGGUGUGUGUGGGGAGAGAAGAACUCUCUCUGCACGGCGGCGGGUGCUGGGGCUGGUGCGCGCGCGCUGCGGCGAGAGAGGACUACAGUGAAGAUGCGCCUUCUGCACUCAGACACAAUGCGACCAGAGAUGCGCUGAGGUCUUUCCCUCUCUCUGACACACACACGCACGCACACUGCUGUCAUCCGCACCUGGAGACUAUCUUCAGUAUCAGCAUGCUGGACAACAGCACACUGACGCACCUGGAAGACGACUUCUUCUCCAAUUCAUCUGGCAACCAAACGCACGGUGAAGCUCACGGCAGUGCGAUCCUUAUCUCCUUCAUCUACUCUGUCGUGUGCCUGGUCGGACUCUGUGGCAACUCCAUGGUCAUUUAUGUCAUUUUCAGGUAUGCCAAGAUGAAAACUGCUACAAACAUUUACAUUUUGAACUUGGCCAUUGCGGACGAGCUUCUGAUGCUCAGUGUGCCCUUCCUGGUGACAUCCUCGCUGCUUCGCCACUGGCCGUUCGGCUCGUUCUUGUGCCGCCUGGUUUUAAGCGUGGACGCCAUCAAUAUGUUCACCAGCAUCUACUGCUUAACCGUUUUAAGUAUCGACCGGUACAUUGCCGUAGUGCACCCCAUUAAAGCGGCCCGGUAUAGGAGACCUACAAUUGCCAAGAUGGUCAACUUGGGCGUGUGGAUGUUUUCGAUCCUGGUCAUUUUGCCCAUUAUCAUAUUUUCCACUUCCACCCCAAACUCGGACGGCUCGGUCGCCUGUAACAUGCAGAUGCCCGAGCCGCAGCGUCGGUGGAUGGCAGUGUUCGUGAUUUACGCCUUUCUCAUGGGCUUCCUUUUCCCCGUGCUGGCCAUAUGCAUGUGCUACGUCCUGAUCAUAGCGAAGCUAAGAGUGGUGGCACUGAAAGCGGGCUGGCAACAGCGCAAAAAGUCCGAGAGGAAGAUCACGCUGAUGGUCAUGAUGGUUGUCACGGUGUUCGUGAUCUGCUGGAUGCCAUUUCACGUCGUGCAGCUCGUGAACGUGUUCGAGGAGCGCCACAACGCCACGUUCAGUCAGCUGGCAGUGAUUCUGGGUUAUGCCAACAGUUGCGCCAAUCCCAUCCUCUACGGCUUCCUAUCGGACAAUUUCAAACGCUCCUUCCAGAGGAUUUUAUGCCUCAGGUGGGUGGACAGCGCCGCCGAGGAGCCGAUCGAUUACUAUGCCACUGCGCUGAAAAGUCGGGGUUACAGUGUGGACGAGUUUCAGCCCGACAACAUGGAGUCGGACAGCGCGUACAGGAACGGCACGUGCACGUCCAGAACUACAACACUGUAGCAAUUUGGUGACUUGAACGGUUAACACACACACACACACACACACACAAAUGUCGUUGCCAUGGUCAGUGGAAUGUAUGUCGAGUCAAUAUUUGUUUGUUUCUUGGUUUGUUUAUUUUAUUUUGUACAUAUACUGCUUAUCAUGUGUAGGGUUGCUUGGGACGGGAGCCUAUCCCAGGGAACUCAGGGACAAAUUGCAUCCUGGAUGGGGUGCCAACCCAUCACAGGGCACAGGUGCACACACACACGAUCACUCACUACAGGCAAUUUGGGAUCACCAAGCAGCCUACAGCUCAUGCUUUCGGACUG